AUGGCCCUGACUGACGGCGGCUGGUGUGUGGUGAAGCGGUGCGGCGCGGACGCUGGCGACUCCUCCUGCCCCUUCCCCGCCAGGGAGCCGGGCCCCUCUCCUCCUUCGCCGGCGUCUUCCUCCUGCUGCUCCCCGGGCGAGCGCGGCUCUUCCAAGACUCCGCAGCACGAGCCCGAAGGGACCCGGCCUCCUCCUCCCGCCGCCGCCGAGGGCAGGUCCCUGCUCGCCCCCUACGUGCACUUCGGAGCCCCCCACGCGCCCAGCCUGCCCAGCUGGGAGGACAUCCUGCUCUUCACGGAUUUAGACCAGACCAACAAGCUGCUCUGGUCCAGCCGCGGCUCCAAGCUGAGCCCCUUCGGCGCCGAACAGCCCGAGGAGAUGUACCAGACCCUGGCGAUCUCGGCCAGCCAAGGGCCGCCGGCCCCUUACGAUGGAUCUGCCGGCAGCUUCAUGCACUCCACGGCCAGCUCCCCGGUCUACGUGCCCACCACCCGCGUGGGCUCCAUGCUGCCCAGCCUCCCCUACCUCCAGGGCAGCGGGGCCGCCCAGCCCAGCCACCCGGGCAGCAGCCACUCGGUGUGGCCCCAGCCGGCCUCGGAGAGCCCCUCGUACAGCAACGGCAGCGGCUCGCAUCCCUCGGGCCGCUUCCCUUACUCCCCCAGCCCGCCCAUGGCCAACGGGGCCUCCCGAGAGCCAGGGGGCUACAGUAACAGCCUCAAUGCCAGGGACCAGUACAGCCCGCUGGGCAGGCCUCUGAACGGAUCUUACCCCGGCCACUACCCCUCCUAUGUGGGACCCCAGCUCACCCCCGCCUGGCCCACGGGACCUUUUGAGAACUCCAUGCUGCACUGUCUGCAAAGCCGGGCCACCCCGCUCCCGGUGCGGGCUCCCAGCGCAGACCUGCUGGAAGAUCUGUCCGAGAGCCGGGAAUGUGUGAACUGCGGCUCCAUUCAGACCCCUCUGUGGAGAAGGGACGGCACCGGCAACUAUCUGUGCAACGCCUGCGGGCUGUACACCAAAAUGAACGGCCUAAGCAGGCCCCUCAUCAAACCCCAGAAGAGAGUGCCUUCAUCGAGACGGCUUGGUUUGUCUUGUGCCAACUGUCACACCACAACCACAACCCUGUGGCGUAGGAAUGCAGAGGGCGAGCCAGUAUGCAAUGCCUGUGGCCUUUAUAUGAAACUUCACGGGGUUCCUCGGCCUCUUGCCAUGAAAAAAGAAGGAAUUCAAACUAGAAAGCGAAAACCAAAGAACAUAAAUAAGUCAAAGACGUGUUCUGGUAACAAUAAUAACGCAGUUCCUAUGACUCCGACAUCCACGUCUUCUACUAACUCAGAUGAUUGUAGUAAAAAUGCUUCCCCUAGCACACAAACUACAGCCUCGGGGGCGGGUUCUUCAGUGAUGUCUGGCCAAGGAGAGAGCACCAGCCCUGAAGGCAGCACACUCAAGUAUUCAGGUCAAGAAGGGCUGUAUACAGGAGUCAGCCUGACCUCCACAGCUGAAGUUACAGCAUCGGUGAGACAGGAUUCCUGGUGUGCCCUAGCUUUAGCAUGA